CGUUAUACACGUUAUACGAUUAUUAAGUAGUGUAUUGUAUACCAAGCAGUAAAGUCUUCAAAAAAAAAAAAAAAGAUCCAAAAUAAAGAAUAAUUUUCAAAGAAGAAAUUUCCCGAUUUCAUUAUUCCAUUAAAGAAAAUAAAAAGAACAGCCAAAAAUAAAAAAUAAGGAAAACGCUACAAAACAAAACAAAAAAAAAAAGUUUAUAUUUUUCUUUAUGAACUUAUUGUGAGUGGAGAAGUUAAUAGAUUCAACACAAAAUAGCUGUACGAAUGAAGAAAUGCUAAAUAUUAGUGGAGCAACACACAAAAAUACAGAAAUUCAAGCAAUCAUCGCAAUAUAUCAGUGUAUGUAUUUUAUACAUUAUAACGUCUAUGUAUAACACAAAGUAAAAUUAUACAGAGAAAAGCAAAUAUACAAACACAAGAAGAUAGAACCAGAAAUAAUAAAAAGGAACUACAUGCAGAUAUUGCAGAACAGAGAAUCAAAGUGAAAAAUUGAUUGUAACAACACAAAAACAAAAAACAAAGGCAAAGUUUAAGAAGAAAAAAAAAAUAUAAAAGCAAGCAAAAACAGGGAUUACAACAUAAAAAAAAAAUGAGUUCAGCUGUAGAUGCAUUACUUGAAGCAGCUCGUUAUAUAGAACUGCAAGAACAACAUGGUAUUCGUGAAGGUUGGAUAUCUUCUGCGCUUAAUACAAACUCAUCUUCUACUGCAGAACUUCGUCAUAACCAUAAUAGUCUAAGAAAUACAAAUAAUGAUAGUCGUCGCAAUUCAGUUAAUAAUCAUAUAAAUAAUAAUCAUAACUCGAUAACUAAUCAUCGACAUAAUAGUCAUAUUCAAAGUAAUUCUCGGUUAAAUGAUUAUUCUGAUAGUAAUAAUAUAAGAAGAAAUGAUAAUUUUCAGCAACAAAAUCAUCGAAAUAAUAAUGUAAAUGAUAAUUUAUUGGUAAAUAAUGUUAAUAACAACAAUAGCAACAAUAAUAAUGUUAAUAAUAACAAUAUAAAUAAUAAUAACAUUAUAAAUAACAAUAAUAAUGAAAGAAUUGUGUCGCCAUCAUUAUCACCAAAAAAUCAACAAAAUAAUAUAAAACAUCAAAAUGCUGCAAAUAACACUAAAUUAUAUAGUAUAAAUUCAAAUACGCUUUCUAAUCAAAAUGAUAUAUCAUUAAAUGCAAGAACUAAUUCAAUUGAUGAACGUAUUGAAAAUGGUAAUAGCAUUAGUAGUAAUAUUGAGAUUAUAACAAAUGGCAGACACAGACAUAAUUCAACAUCUUCAUCAACAACAUCACCAAUAAAAGCUGGAAUAAAUUUUAAUUUAAAUAACGUAAAUAUCAAUAGUAAUAAUAAUGGUAAUAUUACUAAUAAUAUUGUUAAUAUUAGUAAUAAUAGUAAUAUUAAUACUAAUCACAAUAAUAGUACGAUUAAUAACAUUAUUACUGCAACACUUAAUUCAACAAAUAAUACUUCUAUACAUGCUAUUAUGUCAACCACAACUGAAGAUUCAUCUCAAUCAAGUUUAAAUUUAUCUUCAAGUAGUUACAUAAGUGGAAGUCCAAAUAAUAAUCAUAAUUCAUCAUCAUCUUCUAUAUUAAAUUCAGAAAACUUAUUACCAUUUCAAUUAACAUCAACAUCCUCAUCGAUGAUAACAACAUCAGCAUCAAGUACAGGUAAUGGAAGACGUCGUACAAUUAGUAACACUAGUGAUGGUAGUCAGUCACAUCGUAAUUCAUCAAGUAUUAGACCAGGUACAAGAGAAAUUCAUAAUAAAUUAGAAAAGCAUAGAAGAGCACAUUUAAAAGAAUGCUUUGAACAACUAAAAGUUCAACUACAACUAAAAGAUGAAGAAAAAAAGAAAACAUCAAAUUUAGCUAUAUUAGGUGCUGCAUAUCGUCAUGUAAUGGUUUUGCGACGCAAAGAAAGAGAAUUAGAACAGCAAGUUGAACUUUUAGCUAAAGAAAAAAUUAAUGCUCAAAAGAAAAUUGUUAGUUUAAAACGUGAACUCGUUGCUAAAUAUGAUAACAUUGAUUUUUCUUCAAUUGUUUCUGAUGUUAACAAUACUACAACCAUAGUUAAUACAACAAAUGGCAUUUGUAAUAAUAAUAACACUAAUACUCAACAACAACUGCAACCACAACAACAACAUCAUCAAAUCGCGCCAUUGAAUUUGAAUAGAACAUCCUCCCCACAAACAAUGCUUUUAUCACCAAAUAAUGUUAUUAACAAUAAUAAAAUAAAUCACAGUAAUGAAAUUAUUAUCAAUCACACAACUUCAACAAAAGAUAUUAUUUCCAUUGAAAAUAAUAAGAAUAUGAUACAGAAUAACAGAAAAAUGCAUCAUCAAUAUUCAUCAGAUAAACCACGCGAUUUAACUGUCAAUUCAUCCCAUAAAGUUGUUAUACAAUCAAAUAAUUUUAGUAAUAAUUUAACAAGUAAUAACAACAGCCAUCAUAAUACAGUAGCAAAUUCAAUAACUCCUACUACCACAACUCCUGCUAGUUUGAAUAUUAAAGAAGAUCCAGAUCAUUCUACACAAAAGGUUAUCAAACAAUAUAAUUUAAUAGCCUUGGCACCAGUUGAUAAAGAUAACAAAAUUAUAUCGUCAGCAUCGUUACCAAUACCACAGGUUGUUACAGCCGGUGGUGGACUUGUGAUACCGAUGUUGUCAUCACAGGCAUUACGUGUUAUAGGACCAAAUAAUUUAUCAACAAUAGAAUUUAGCACACCAGCGCUGCAAAACCAUAUUCAAAAUACAAUACCAUCACUGACAUCUGUGACAUCAGGACAACAAUUACAAAAACUAUUUAUAAACGGUGAUUGUGGCGGUACUACGACUAUUUCUGCUCAUCCAGCAUUAGCUGCUGCCGCUGCCGCUGCAGCUGCUGCAGCCUCAUCUGGUAAUGAUAAUAAAAAUGGUAUUACAACAAAUGAAAUCAAUAGAUUACCAGGUGGGGCUGAAUUAAAUAUUUUACCUGCAUCAGUAACUGGUGCCACAACAUUAUAUAGGGGAAAUGAAAAAUUGACUUUUGUUAAUAAUGCGAUUACAUUAAAAAAUUCUACAUCAAAUUCAUGUAAUUCGGGUAUUACCACUACUACAAAUAAUAAUUCUAGUCGCCACGUUCAUGUUGUAACAUCAUCAAGCCAUCAAAAUGCAGCCAUAACAAGUAAUGCUGGCACAAAUUUAACACCAAUUGUUGUUACACAAGGUCAACAAGUUAACAAUAUAACGCAAUUAAUUGCAAAUACACCACAAUUAGGUAAAAUGAAUAUUUCAGUAACAGGACAUCCUCAUCAAACUGAUACAACAACAUUACUUAACGCAGCACAAUAUAUUCAUACAGGUCCAAUGAAACAAAUGGUUGUCGCUGUUGCAAAUAAUGCUACACCCACCAAUAAUUCAUCUACUAUUCAAACUACAACUUCUACAACUGAUACCAUCGGAAAAAUAUAGUUCUUAAAUAAAGAAUCACCAUAUUCUAAGAAAUAUAAAAGAAAUAAAAAUAAAAAUAAAAAAUAGUAAAUUAAAAAUUUAAUAUUAAAACAAAAUAUUUACAUAUAUGAAAUAAAUAUGGAAUAUACAAAACAAAAGAAACAAACAAAAAAAAAAAAACUAAUUUAAAUUAAAUUAAAAUUUGAAAAUAAGUAGCUGUAAUUUUUAAAUUUAAAUACUGUAAAUUAUAAUAAUCAUAAUUACAUAUUAUAUUAUAUUAUUAAUAAAUGUAAAAGAAUUUCUGCCCUUUAAAUAACAUUACAUAGAUGAAACUAGCCACUAUUUGGCAAAUGUAGUAAAAAUGUAGAAUUGCAUUACAACAAAAAAAAAAAAGAAAGAAAAUAAUAGAACAAAAAUUAUUGCAUGCGAUAAAACAUUUAAAUUUAUUUUAAAAUUUUAUAAAUAUAUAAGUGUAUUACACAAAUCAUGAAACUAAAAUCAGGAAAUUUUUAAACAUCUAUGUAACUAAAUUUAUUAAACCUUUUUCAAUUUGAGAAAACAAAUUUCCAAAUUUAUCUUGUUGUUAAUUUUAUUUAAAUUAUUUUUAAAUUAUUGUGCUUCAAAGAAGAAAUUGUAAUAAGAUGUGCACAUUAUUCCAUAUCCAAUUUUAAAGAAAUGCUGUAAAUUUCAAUAUUAAUUAAAUACAUAAUUGUGCAAUUAUGUAUUUAAAAUUACGUUUUCUGCAAUUAUAGACUUUAAAGCUAAAAUAAAACUAAAAAUUACAACUAGUAUAACUUCAGAUCAGUAUUUCAGAAUUACCGAAUAUAAAAUGCUUAAUGCAAUAUAUUUAAAAAAACUGUGAUUUAUUGAAAAAAAAAAAAGAAAUUACAAAUUGAAAGAUUUAGUUAAAAUUCUUUUUAAUGCAAAAUUUUUUAUAAUGAAUGCAAAAAACACAUAUGAAAAUAAAAUAUUUAUUGCUAAAAUAUAUUUUUAAUUUUUUAAACUUUAAAAAUUUAAUAAUUUUUCUUAAGUUUAAUUUUACAGUAUUUUUUUUUAUUUUACUUUUUUCCCUAAUACUAACACAGUUCGAAAUUUCUAAUUGAAUUUGAACUUGCUUAAUUUUCAAAAUUUCUAAUUCUAUUUGAAAAUUAAUUUGCUUAAUUUAAUGUAAAUUCUCGGAUUAGGAAUAUUGUACAAAUAUAUAUAUAUAUAUUCAAUUUUCUAAAUUCUAGAUGCAAAGAUGUAGAACUCAACAGUAAUCUUAAAUUGGAAGACUCUUUAAUUUUUGAAGUAAACGUAGAUAAAAGCAAUCCAUUGAGUGUACUUUAGUACGGGUUGAAUAUUAUAGAAACGCAUAUAUUAUAGGAAUGCGUAGUAUCACUUAUUUAGCAAUAUCAAAUUUAAAAUAUUACCAAUUGAGAAAACUAUCAAAUCUGAGACAUCGAAAAAUGUUACUUUUCUAUUUCUUUUUUCGAUUUAGUGAGCUCAUUAUUUUCAAUGCAAAAUCAAUGGUGAUGUCGAAAUUAAGAGCUAUAGUCAUUUUUGAUUUUAAAUUAUAAUUGCAUCAUUUUAUUAUUUAACUGCAAAUAUUUCUAAAUAAAAAAAAUCUAUUUAAACAAAUUUAAAGGCCAUUUUUUCCUUUU